AUGCGGAACCCGGUUUGGCGGCAAGCAAGUCUCCCGGUUAGCAGAGGAGGCAUUGGUCUACGUCGAUCGGAGGAAUUAGCACUCCCAGCCUUCCUGGCUUCGAUUCACUCCGUCGGCGACCUGGUGUCUUUAAAUGUGGAAGGCAAAGCCCGUUUAACAGAACUGCCCGUUCCAGAAUUCCGCAAUUCCCAGAAGGCAUGGGAUUUGCCAUUGUGUAAUGUAUCUCUGGCUGCCCUGCUAGAAGUAUACCGGGAUGAUGAAAUUAAUAAGGCGCGUCUGCUUGCCCAGUCGAGACCAGAAGCCGGCAUUUGGCUCAACGCGUUGCCUUCCGCCCAUAUAGGUAACCUCCUCGAUGACGAUACUCUGAAAAUCUCAGUAGGCCUUAGACUCGGCGCCAGGAUUUGUGAACCUCACAACUGCACGAAAUGUUUAAAGCCGGUCGACGGAUACGCUCAUCAUGGUCUUUCCUGUACCUUCUCCGCCGGCAGACACCCAAGACAUGGUGGCCUUAACAGUAUCGUAUGUCGGGCUUUUGUAUCAGCCGGAAUCCCAGCUAAACUUGAACCCCGAGGCACUUCCCACACCAACGAACGACGCCCCGAUGGCUGCACAACGUUCGCCUGGCAGCGAGGAAUGUGCUUGGCAUGGGAUGUCACCUGCGUGGAUACUGUUGCCGCUUCCCACAUCAAAUCUACUUCGGCAAUUGCGGGAUCGGCCGCGUUGCAGGCUGAAGAGAAGAAGUCUAGGUUCUAUUCUUAUUUAAACGGCCGCUAUAUAUUCACACCUAUCGCUUUUGAAACUAUGGGCCCGUGGGGACCAGCGGCCAUUGCCAUCAUAAAAGAACUGGGGAAAAGAUUACGUUCUCAUUCAGGAGAAGCCCGCUCGCACGUAUUUCUUCGACAACGUUUGUCCAUAGAGAUACAGCGUGGUAAUGCGGUUUCUGUUUUGGGCACGGUGGAGAAAGCCGAAAUGUUUAACGAGCUGUUGUUUUUGUAA